AUGUUACAGAAAUCAAUCUACAUCUAUUGGAAUUUAUCCAAGCUAGGUUAUGGCAUUGACAAAACGCAUUGGCAAGAGUUUGCAAGUUCUCUGUCCCAUUUAGGACUUGUGAGAUUUGGAAAUGCAUUGGCAUGGUGUUGGACAAGGAUUCUAGCUUGGUAUUUAACUCAAUUUGGAAAGGCAUUGGCAAAGCAAACUGGAGAGACUUCGGAAACAAGACCUCAUUGGGAUUCUACUUGGUAA